AGUGUCGACGCAAGCGACAAGCGACACGAAAUUUAGCAUUUCUAUUUACUGCGGUGUUUUUAUCUGAUUUCGUUUGCUGAAAUGGUAUUGAUAUAGCAAAUCAAAUAAUAGAGAUUCCAUUUUAAUUAAAGGCUGUAGUGAAACCACCGGUGUUGUUUUGUUGUUGUUAUUGUCACUGGUUAACAAGUGAGAAAGUAUGGCUGUCAGGUGGGAUGGGUUCUCAGAGGAGGAUAUAACCAAAAUGAAAUCUCAUUCGGAUUUUGAUAAAACCACGAAUAAUCGUCAGAAGAUGAAAGGUGUUGACCUUUCUCACAAUGGCAAGAGGAAGUUAAGUGCAGUUUCACCAAAGAAAGCAAAUCCUCAAAAUAAUUCUACUCAACGAUCGUCUAUUGACAACAGCAACGGGAUUCAGCUUGAUGCACCUUCUCGAACGGUCAGUAGCCAGCCUGUGAAUCCAGAAACUUGUUCUGAUUCACCUCUGGAUUCUACAAAAUGCUCGCAAGAGUUAAAGUGUGAGAAAACCGACAGAAAUAUUGAAUCCAUCACAAACAUUGAGCCACAGGUUGAUAAAGAUGAUUUCAAAAAGUCCUGCUUAACAGCCAAAUUAGUUAUGCCAUCUAUAUCAGAACCACCACCCUCUUCUAUCAACUUAAGUGACUUCAGAGCUAAGCAUAGAUUGAUGGAAGAACAGAAUCGAGCUCGUAAGGUUUUCUUGGCAAAAGCACUUGAAGAUAGGAAAAAGCAGACCCAUGCAGAGCAACUUCGCCUUGGCAUGAUCCAGGAGGAACUACAGAAGCUUGACCAACGACUAAGCUGUGACGUUUCUAUCAUUCGAAACCAAAUUGAAGCAGCCAGCGUUGAGUUCAUGGAAGCUCAGAAACGAUAUGAUCGCGCCGAGAAGGAGUUCCUGGAAGCCAAGCUUCAUCUAUACACCAAGUUGGAACGGAAAGAGCUUCUGACACAUCACCUUUGCACCAUUAUAGAGCAGAAUGAAAUGAGAAAAGCGCAGAAGCUCUCAGAGCUAAUGGAGAAACUUCAGAUGCCUGAAACAGAUGUACCGCAACCCAUAGAAGAGGAAUCCAAAAAGCCUAAUGAAGCAACCACAGAAACAAAGCGUAAAAUCUCAGCAGAGAUUAUCUUAACCCCCACUUCAGUUGUACCUCAAAAGGAAAUGACCAUUGUAAAAUCCAGUGAAAAUAAGUAAAGGUUGACUAAAUGUGAACCCCCUUUUUUUUUCUUUACUAAAAAAAAAAGAGUGUCGAAAGUCAGUGAAACAACUGAUGUCUAAUCUAGGAUGUAUUUUAUUGAUAAGUUUUCAAAGUACAAGAAAAGUUUAAUUUUACUUGUAAAAUCCAGUAAAAAGCCUUUUGUUCACCAUAUCAAUGCCAAUGUAUUUGUGAUAGAUUACUAGAGGACCCUGGCACCUUUUAAAAAAGAGAGAGCUUCCAUUUUUACUUUUUUUAAAUCAAUUUUAUAAACAAACAAAAUUAAAUUUGACUUAUGUGUGUUAACUGACACAGUUGUCACUUUUGUGAUGCUCAUAGUAUGCACGUAAGUGAUGUACCUGCACUUCUAAUUUUUAAAGUAAGUUUUUAUGUUCUGGGAUCUUAUUAGAUCUGUAUACCUUCAAGAGAAACAUUGUUAAAGAGAUAGAUUGAGAGAGAGAGAGAGACAGAGAGAAAUAGAGUGAAAACAAAAUGCUAACGGUGGAGAGAUUUUUAAUGCUGAUGGCUCCUGUAAAGGAGGCAAACUAACUUGAUUUUUGCCUAAGUUUUCUGAAGUAAGGAAUUGAAUUAAUGUUCUGUAAUUGACAACCUGAGAUGAGUUACUGUGAAAGUUUGUUUUAACCCUUUGCAUUCCUGUGAUCCAAGGCAUAGCCUCUAUUAUUUCCCUACACCUUGUUGCUGUUGUGUUUCUAUUAUCAAAUAGGAAGUUACUUCUUACUCCGAGAUUGCUUAUAAUUUUGUUCUCCCCCUCCCCCCAAAAAAUUAUAUUAAAUGUUAUUUAUUUAUGUGUCACUGUAUAUGAUAAAAUUUGAAUGCUAGAGCUAAUGCUUUUACCUGAAACUUAUCAUUAUUCUUUAAAAUGUCUUACAUUCAUCUGUGCCUUAAAAUUGAUUUUGUAACUUUUUUCACGUGUGAUUGCAGUCACAGCUUGGGCUUUGGCCUCCUGUAAAUUCUGAGGUAUACUAUCAUCAAUGAAUUAUAUAACUGCUAAGAAGA